AUGGGGAGAUUCCUGUGCUAUCACGAUGAGUCCUUUGGCUUUAGAAAACCUCCUUCUUUUGUGUUUCCAGAUUACAACAAUGCUCAAUUGGAGAACCGGCACCACAACGCUGCAUUGCUUCGAUAUGUAGACUCCGUGCGAACUCAUGGCCACCGAGCAGCAAGGAUAGACCCUCUGGACCUUAUUCCACGCGAUUCUGAAGUUGCAGCACUCAACCCGAGUCGGUAUGGAUUGAAAGACGGUAACAAACGGUACAACGUGAACGGUAUCAUCUGGACAAAUCCAAAGGUUGAGGCCCAACGAAAUGAUACGGAGGAAUGGUGGACCCUGGACGAAAUUACUAGGCAUCUGCGUGAGGUGUAUGUUGGAAAGAUUGCUUAUGAGUACAUGCACUCACAAUCAAAGACGGAGCGUCUUUGGUUCUCUCACCUGCUUGAAUCUAAUACAAUGCCGCAACCCAUCGAUAAGCAGCUGAAACGGCGGAUUCAUGGCUUGCUUGCACGUAGUGAAGUGUUUGAUAAUUUCCUUCAGCUCAAGUUUCCCAAUCUCAAACGCUACGCGUUGGAAGGUGGGGAAUCUAUGCUUCCCGCUUUAGAUGCACUCUUCUCUUCAGCUGCGCGAGGCUCCGUAUCACGCAUUAUCGUCGGAAUGCCUCAUCGCGGACGUCUCAACUUUCUCACAGACCCCCAACUACUCCAAUACCCCUCUAUUGCCCUUUUUCACAAGAUCCGCGGAGGUGCUGAAUACCCGGAAGGAAUGGACGUAGAGGGCGAUGUAAUCAGUCAUCUGGUUUCUUCUGCUCAUUUGGAAUAUGACGGCUCCGAAGAGCCUUUGAAGGUCUCGCUGUUACCGAAUCCGUCGCAUCUUGAGGCCGUCAAUGCUGUUGCAUUAGGCAAGACUCGGGCCAAGCAGUACUCCUUGUUGAAAACACACCCGGAUGACUGUCAACUCGGAGACAAGGUCAUGUGUGUACAAUUGCACGGAGACGCUAGUUUUUCUGGGCAAGGAGUUGUCAUGGAGUCACUUGGUUUGAGUAACUUGCCACACUUUACUAGCGGAGGAACGGUGCAUCUGGUCGUUGAUAUUGGUUACACGACUCCUGCAUCGCAAGCACGAUCAUCGCUAUACUGCUCGGAUGUUGGCAAAAUGAUCAACGCGCCCAUCCUUCAUGUCAAUGGCGACCAUCCGGAAGACGUCGUAAAAGCCAUGGACAUCGCCUUCAAAUACCGCCAAUAUUUCCGCAAGGACAUCAUUGUGGACCUUCUCGUACACAACGAGCUCGAUCUACCUAGUCUUACUAGCCCUCUCAUGUAUGAGAAGAUAUCUGCCCGCAGGUCUGUGCCACAGCUGUAUGAGGAGAAUCUCAUCGCCGAUGAAACACUUACUCCUGAGGACAUCAAUGCCAUUCGAACUCAAUAUCGAUCUCAGCUCGACGCCGCGCUUUCCCAAGUUCCAUCAUACGCUCCACAAAAAGCAUCCAUGCUCGAGGCACAAUGGACAGGAAUGGUUUGGCCUGAGAAUACCGAAGCAAUAAGCAACCCGGAUACUGGUGUAGAACGAGACGUGUUGGAGAGGGUCGGGAAAGCGAGUGUAUAUGUGCCGGAAGGAUUCGAAUUGCAUCCAAAGUUGCAGCGCCAUGUGAAGAGUCGACUAAGCAGUCUUGAGAGUGGAUUAGGAGUUGAUUGGGCUAAUGCCGAGGCUAUGGCGUUCGGGACAUUGUUAUUGGAGGGUUACGAUGUACGGAUUUCGGGUCAGGAUGUUGGGCGGGGAACAUUCAGCCAGCGUCAUGCGAUGUUGGUUGAUCAAAGAGAUGAACGGACUCUAGUCCCGCUGAAUGACAUGUUGGAUGGAGAAGGGAAAAUUGAAUUAGCUAAUAGUUCUUUGAGCGAGAUGGCUGUCCUUGGAUUCGAGUAUGGCACAAGUUGGGAACGACCGACAUUGCUCCCUAUUUGGGAAGCGCAGUUCGGAGAUUUCUUCAAUGGUGCACAAAUCAUCAUAGACACUUUUGUCAGCUCAUCAGAGACGAAAUGGUUGAGGCAGAGUGGUAUCGUCAUGCUCUUGCCGCACGGCCUCGACGGGGCAGGUCCAGAACAUUCUUCCUCGAGAUUAGAGCGGUUCCUGCAGCUAACAAAUGAUAGGUAUGAUGGCGUUACCCCCGUCAACAUCAACAUGCAUGUAGUGUUCCCCACUACCCCAGCACAGUAUUUCCACCUUCUUCGCCGCCAGAUGAAGCGGAAUUACCGCAAACCUUUAGUAGUUGCAGCUCCUAAAGGACUUUUACGGCUUUCUGCUGCUGCAUCAUCUCUUUCAGACUUCGAACCUGGAACAACGUUCAAGCCCGUGCUUCCUGAUCUGGUUGAGAAUCAGGGUACCGCACAGCGAGUCAUCGUUCUUUCAGGCAAGAUUUACUACGACCUGAUCAAAGAGCGAAAGGAGCGCGGACUCGACAAUCUUGUAUCUUUCGUGAGAUUAGAGGAAUUGGCGCCCUUCCCUUUUCAGGAACUUCGCAGUGUUUUGAAGACAUACCCUCAGGAGGCGACGAAAGAGGUAGUUUAUCUUCAAGAGGAACCGCGCAACCAGGGUGCUUGGACGCAUGUGAAGGAUCGGCUUAAUUGGGUCCUCAAGGACUUGGAUUUGGGUGUUGAUGCGAGGGUUCUAUUUAAGGGUAGGAAGGAGAGCGCACUACCUGCCCCUGGAGUGGGGAAACUUUAUAGGGAGCAGCAGCAGAAAGUUAUCGAGGCUGCUUUCGAAGGACUUCAAAUACUGUGA